GUUCAGGAGAUCCUACUAGUAAAUAUCCAGUCCUCGUUUUCAUCCACGGAGAGUCUUAUUCGUGGAAUUCUGGCAACCCUUAUGAUGGAACCGUCCUCUCCAGUUACGGGAAGCUUGUUGUUGUUACUGUCAAUUAUCGACUAGGUGUUUUAGGUUUUUUAAAUGCAAAUCCGGAUCCAGGGUUACGGGCGCCGGCCAACUACGGGUUGAUGGAUCAGCUGGCCGCGCUGCACUGGAUCCAGGAGAACAUCGCCGUGUUCGGAGGGGACCCGACCAACGUCACGUUGCUCGGCCAUGGAACGGGGGCCGCCUGCGUCAACUUUUUGCUCACGUCCAACGCCGUUCCUGACGGCGUUCUGUUCCAUCGAGCAAUAUUGAUGAGCGGCUCGUCGCUGAGUCCGUGGGCCUUGGUUCGAGACCCCUCGCGGUGGUCGCGGGAGAUCGCCGAGCAGGCCGGCUGCAAUCCUCAACUGCCUCACACCCUCCUCCUCAAGUGUCUGCGGGACAAGCCUUUGGCCAACCUCACCGCAGCCCACUUGAAAGACGUGCCUCCCUUCACCGCCACGUUCGGUCCUAGCGUCGACGGUGUAAUCAUAGAUACGGGACUUAAUCAAAUUAGUAAACAAGACUCGAGUCAUCAGCAAUUAGAAUAUAACCUGGGGAGCGGUCCGGGGCGGCCGGAGGAGGUGCGGCAGGAGAAGGAGGACGCGCUCAUCGCCGGCGGCUACGCCCACGUCGUCCUCAACGACCCGAUCAUGCGCAAGAACAUGAUCUCCAAGCUCUCCAGGUACGACCUCCUCAUCGGCGUCACCAGGGCCGAGGCCUUUUUCACCUUCAACGCCGACGACAUCCAGUACGGCAUCGAGGCCGACCGCAGGUCCAAAAUCCUCACGAGCUUUGUCAAAAACACUUAUAGGUACCAUUUAUCUGAAAUUUUAGCAACAAUUGUAAACGAAUACACGGAUUGGGAGAGGCCGGUCCAGCAUCCUGUAAAUAUUAGAGACGAAACUUUAGAAGCUUUAUCGGACGCUCAAGUUGUGGCCCCAGUCGUGAAUACGGCCGAUCUUCACUCGAUAGCGCGUCGAAACUCCUACCUCUACGUUUUCGACUAUCAAACCAAGUACGGCGAUUACCAACAGAGGCAAGGAUGUAUAUUUGGGGAGGAUCUACCGUAUGUUUUUGGGGCACCUCUUGUCAGCGGAGGAGCCGGCCUAAUCCAUUUCCCGCGGAAUUUCACCAAGGCAGAGGUGGCCCUAGCAGAGACAACCAUGAACUAUUGGAGCAAUUUUAUAAGGACGGGGAAUCCAAAUGAAAUGCAAGAGACUGAUACAUCUCGAGCAGAAAGAAAUAGGUUUAAAAAUAUCGAGUGGACCGCCUAUGAGGCUGUACACAAAAAAUAUUUAAGUUUAGACACGAAACCUAAAUUAAAGAAUCACUUCAGGGCUCACAGGUUAUCAUUUUGGCUCAAUCUCAUUCCAGACCUGCAUAAACCCGGAUCAGACGAUGUGCCUCGAUCUCAUCAUCAGUUAGAUGCUGACAAAGGGAUCUCGACGACAGCGCCCUCGACGCCCCGCUCGAGCUGGAACGACACCCUCCUGGCGAACAAGAGCGGGGUCCUGGGCACCCUGUACAACAACUCCCUGAGCCUGGGCUCGAACGCCCACCCGAUCGUCGUGGUGGCGCCCUCCUCGUCGGAAAGGGGCGCCUCGGACGGGCGCGGGAGCCUGGAGCUCGGUUCCUCGGCGGCCCCGCAGGAGGACGGCCUGGCCGCCUACUCGGCCGCCCUCAACAUCACCAUCGUCAUCGGCUGCUCCCUCCUCAUCCUCAACGUCCUCAUCUUCGCCGUGGUGUACUACCAGAAGGACAAGACGAGGCAUCAUCACCACCACCACCAUAACGGCCACCACGAGCCCGGCAUGUGCAAUAACGAUAGCAAUUCCAGCUUCAACUCCUCCACGCCCAAUAACAGCUACUCGGCCACCAUCAAGAAGCGACAAGAGAAUGGUGGGCCCAUCACGAAUCUCUGCUCCGCGGGAGGGGCAACGGAGCUGCUGCAGAUAAUCGACAACCGAAGCAAUAUCCAAGUGCCCUCGAUCCUGAAGAAGCCGUCGCCGUCGCAGCUCCUGGUGCUGGAGCCGCCGUACAGCCAGCACACGCUGCCGUACCGCCACCACGGGGCCCACGCCAAGCAGAUGGCCGAGUUCUCCUGCUCCACGCUCCCGCGGGCCCCGCUCCCCGCCAAAGUGCCCAAAGUGCCCGACCCGAACCCCGGAGGCGGCGGCUGCGGCCCGCCCGCCGAGUCCCAGCCGCUCCUCGUAGAUAGGUCCAAACACUCCAACAAAAUCGACGAGCUCCGCGUGUGACACGCCCCCGAGCCGCGCCCCCCCUGUACAAACGCCCCUGUUGAGAAUGAACAGUUAUUCUUUUUGUAGAAAAACCGAGCGAAAAUUUUACCCCCCACAAAAAAAAGAUUGUGAUCGACGAGCUCCGCGUGUGACACACCCCCGAGCCGGGCCCCCCCUGUACAAACGCCCCUGUUGAGAAUGAACAGUUAUUCUUUUUGUAGAAAAACGAGCGAAAAUUUUACCCCCCACAAAAAAAAAAGAUUGUUUAUAUCAUGUGAAUUUUAGGUAUUUUUAAGUUUGUAAAUAAAACACGAGACGAUUUUAA